AUGCCUUCACUCAAGGGCAAGAGUAAAGGGCGCGACGCGCGUCAGUCGCGCAGCCGCAAUACCACCCCGUCCAACGCAGGCAGUGGACCAGGGACCCUAACGUCUGCGAUCAAUUAUCUCGAAAAUGACGUUUCGAAGCUCAUCGACCAGGCCAACAGUCAGUAUACAGACAUGCUGGACCUAAUAGCUGGGCCGAACAUCCCCGAUUCUCGGACUCUUGAAGCACUUGUGGAUCACCUGAAAAGCCUCAGUGAGAUGGCGGAUAUCCGGGGGGAUACAUGCAAUGCUGGUAUGCGAGAGAUGUCCCAGAAGCGUAAGAAUGUGACGGAGGAUCCUGACCUCAGUCGCGAGGUUGGAGAACGUGCGAAGCUCAAGCGCGAAACGGAGGAAGAUGAUGAGCAAAUACAAAAAGGAAAGACGAAGAAACGCAAGGAGCGAGCGGCAAAAGCGGAGCGACCAUUGAGCCACGGAGCACACGACGUGGCUCGUCAAGAUGGCGCCGAGACAAAGGUCGAAGGAGCGGCUUCUCCAGUCUCCAAGCAUUCGAAGAACGCCGGCUCUGAUGACAGUUCUUCCCUUUCACCUCCAUCCAUGUUGUCCCCCAACGGUGCCGCUGCCGGGGCAGAUGGCGCGGCCGCGCCUGGGUCUCCCGGCUCGGAUUCCAGCGAAGACUCUCACCAGCCUGAACCCCAGCCCGCCGUACCUCAAGUCCAGAUCUUUGGAGAAAACCCGCUCAAGUUCGAUGACCCGACCGUUUACCACAUUCGAGACGUGACCCCGGACAUGCCCGACGAUGAGAAGAAGGAAAUUUACAGUGUUGCCCAUUUCCCCAAGAGCGAUCUUGCUCACAUGAUGGCCGGUGUCCCCCCUGACAAGGACUUUAGCAAUGCCAAGCCGUCCAAUCAGGUCAGCGCCAAUACCUUCCUGGCCUAUAUUGAGCCGUAUGUUCGCCCUCUUACCGAAGAAGACAUCGCUUGGCUUCGGGAGAGAGGAGACCGUGUCACGCCUUUCAUCAACCCACGCCGUGGGAAGAAAUUUUACCGUCAAGUCUGGGCUGAAGAGGAUGGAAUUUCUUACGACUCGAGUCAAGAUGAUAAGGACCAACUACCCUUGAACCAAGGACGAGGCAGCAUCGAGACUUUGACCGAUGACAAGGCUGAAACUAGUGAGGUUUCCAUCGGCCCACUGCUUAGCCGUCUGUGCUCUCUUCUUCGCUAUGAGCACCGUACUCUCCCAGAGGACAAGGACUCCGCGAACGGCGACACGGGGAUGGGAGACGCAAUGGACUUGGACCAGCCCAAUGGUGAAGUGGAAGUCAAGGACGAAGACAAGACCCUGCCACCCGCGACAGCCUUUCGUGACGCCGAUCCGAACGGCUUCAAGACCUCCGUGGCCAAACUCGACCACGCACAGCUCGAUGAGCGCGCCAAGGCCGAGCUGCGAUACAUUGGCUUCCUCGGUGCAGACGACAACCCUGAUUACGACGCACACUAUGACGACGAAGUCGCCGAGCGCUUGCGCCUCCUACAAAACGAGCUGAAGAAGCAGAUCGUCACCAACAACGCGCGCAAGGCGCGCAUCCUCAAGAUCGCUCAGGAGCACAUGGCUCUCCUCGAGUUCACCACAAUCCAAGAUGAUCUCGACUCUCAAGUACAACAGGCCUAUCUCAAGCGCACCCGUACCAUGGGUAAGAGCAAGAAGGGCUCGCAGGCCAAGCAUCGCCCUGGUGGUGCUGGUGGUGGUAGCCACGUUGCUGGCGCCGGAAUUUCUCGGCCUGCUGUCGGCGAUGCCGCUAAGAUCGUCAUGGACCGACGUAAGCGUUGGAAUGAUGCCUUCUUGCCUAUCUUCGAAGAUAUCAAGACCACCAUCCCGUCUGAGGGUGAGACGAUCUUCGAUCCCCAAGUGAUGAGUGAAUACGAGAAGGCCGAGCUGGAGGCUUGGGAUGAGGAGUAA